AUGGUGGACUACGAGAGUGACACCGCUGUCUCGAGCAUCUACGACCAUCGUCCAGCCACGCCACCGGUGCGUGACAACACGCGCAUCGCGCCGAAUCAAUUUGUGAAACGCGAUGAGGUACCUUUACCUAUCGCACAGCAUGCAGUCGUCGACUUUGCGUCGGGUGUGCUGCACAACACUCUCGAUGAAGAUCAAGAAAAAGAUCUUCAGAUGGUCGAUGACUGCAGGCUCCAAGCACAUAUUGUGGCCACAGCCAAUGCUCACAGUGGCUACCUCUUCACUCCGUUAACUGUGGAUGAACGUUUUUCUCAGAAUGCCGGGCAUUCACUCGCAACAUGGAUCGCAGGACCCAAGGCUGUCACAGCCACAGCAAUAGCGGAGAGGGAGGCUAUCAAAGCGAGAUACUUGAGGGUUGAACGUAUGAUCGCUCAAGAAUACGUUGACAGGCUGAUUUUGUAA